AUGAAUUGGAUAUUGGAAAUUAAGGCGAAAGCGUGCAAGGAUGUUCAUGGAAAAUGUGUAGUUAUGUGUUGGGCGAUCUGGCAUACGAGAAAUAAAAGAUUGUUCGAAGGCAUUUACAUGGCAGCUAAGGAAACAGUGAAUUUUGCUAUUAAAUAUUGGCAUGAUUUGUGGAAUGCUACAGCAGAAGUGCUGAACUCAAACAUUCGAACGAACAGAGGUGCUGUAAGUUGGGUUCGACCGGAAAUGAAUGUUGUGAAAAUAAAUUUCGAUGCGGCCAUAAACAAGGUAGAUGGGGUAUGUGGGAUAGGAGUUAUCGCAAGGACGAACUUAGGUGAGUGUGUGGGAUGGAACUCUCGCUGCAUUAAACAAUCUCUGGAUCCUACAGCGGCAGAAGCUCAAGCGGCAUUCAUGGCAGUCGAAAUGGCUCGAACAAAUAAUUGGAGAAGGAUUGUAAUUGAAGGUGACUCGAUGGAGGUUAUUUGUGCAGUCUGUGAACCUGCAAUUUCCGAAGCUACGAACGGGAAUAUUAUUGAGGAUAUUAAGCGGAAGAGGGGGUGGUUCGAGCAUUUUCAGAUACAACACAUUUUCAGAGAGGCAAAUCAAGUGGCUCAUGAAAUAGCAGCUUUGUCGAAGCUGGAAAAUUAUGCUCUUGAGGAUCUUCCUGUUACAAUAUGUAACAUUAUAUCUGCCGAAUAG